AAACCGCAGUUAUGUUUCUCUUGUUGAUCGUCGUCAUCGUCUUGCCUGCUGAUGCCUCUGAUGAUAGGCAGUAUACUGCUCUUCACUUUGGUGCCUCCAUUAAUGACUACAUUGCAUUUAAGUAUAAUAUGGCUCCGUUCCAAGACUCUUUCUCCAUCUGUACGUGGAUAAAACGUGUAGACACCUCUGCCAGCUCCCCGCUAGUGUUUGACUACGAACCGAGUCAUGAGAUCUUGUUAAGUUCUAACGGGCGCUACAACCACUUUUUAGCAGAUGGAGAUUUGAACAGAAAGGAGAGUGUGUUCACAACACCUGUCGGGAGCUGGUUUAACUACUGUAUUACUUGGUCACUUGCCUCGAGGAGCAUCAACCUGUAUCUGGAUGGUAAUCUGGUAGGCACAGGUACAACCGACUCUGGAAGAGCACUGAAAAUGGGAGGAACUCUGUACUUCAAUAUACUCUAUACCACUUCAAGUUCUAGUUUCAUAUUCGGAGGCCAGCUCUAUCAGUUUAACAUUUUCUCUAAAGCACUCAGCUCGGCGGAUGUAAAGAAAAUAGCAGAUGGUGGAAUGUGUUUGGACCUUACAGAAUUCUCUGGAACUGGUGAUCUGCGAUGGGAAUACAUACUGUCCCAGUCCAGGAGCGGUUCUGUGAGAGAGGUAGAGAUUGAUAUUGAUGAUAAUGAUACGGUGGAGUGUUUAAAAACCCUAUUGAGGAGGUCACAAGAAAGGCUGACAAAUGUUACUGGCCGGCUGAACGAAACAGAGAGUCAACUUAGUGGGACGGAGGUGAAACUGAAUACCACUCUAAAAGAGCUAGGAUAUGUGAGAGGUGAACUCGAAAGAACGGAGAGCGAGCUGCAGACAGAGUCAGCUCAGCACAACAAGACAGGGGAGCAGCUGGGUACCUGCUCAACUUCCCUAACAAGCACACUGACCCAUCUGGAUACCUGCUCAACUUCCCUAACAAGUACACUGACCCAGCUGGAGGGCGCCAGAACAUUCCACAACAUCACCAGGUGGGAUGUCCUAUACACCACCCCCUACUUUAACAAGGUGCUCACAGAGGAACUGUUCCAGCAACUGUCUUCCAGUUGGGGAAUGUUGGGGAAGUUCGUCGGUGUGAAUAUAACUGAAGGUGUUGUCAACCACUUCAGCCAGUUCCACAAAGAACCUGUGUGCAACGUCUUCAAACAAAUGUCCAUUCCAAUGCUCAGUAAGUUAUACUAA